CGGGAAGGGUCCGGCUGUCGGUUGAAGGGGCGUUCUCGGCCCGCCCCCCACCCCGGGCCGGUACCGGGCUCUGCGCCCCAGCGCUGGCCGCCGCCUAAGACCCCCGUCCGCUCCCCGUCGCUGGUGCCAUGGAGGCGACGGGAGAGGCAGAAGUCGGAACCGAGGAAGGCGACAGCAGCUGCGGGGAUGUGUGCUUCAUGGACAAAGGUCUACAGAGAAUAUCACAGUUAUCUUUAGAUUCAACCCUUCAUGCCAUCAAUCUCCAUUGCAACAACAUCUCUAAGAUUGAAGCCAUUGAUCAUAUUUGGAACUUACAACAUUUAGACCUGUCAUCUAAUCAAAUAAGUCAAAUUGAAGGGCUAAACACUCUGACAAAACUAUGCACUUUAAAUUUGUCCUGCAACUUGAUCACAAGAAUAGAAGGACUUGAAGCACUAAUUAAUCUGACUAAACUGAAUUUAUCUUAUAACCACAUAAAUGAUCUUAGUGGAUUGAUGCCCCUCCAUGGACUUAGGUAUAAGCUUAGAUAUAUUGACCUGCACAGUAACUGUGUAGAUAGCAUCCACCACUUACUUCAGUGUACAGUAGGAUUGCACUUUUUGACCAAUCUUAUUUUGGAGAAGGACGGAGAGGGAAAUCCUGUCUGUCAUGCACCAGGGUACAGAACAAUUAUUCUCCAGACAUUGCCACAGCUUAGAGUCCUAGAUUGUAAGAAUAUCUUUGGUGAACCAGUCAAUUUGACAGACAUGAGUUCAUCACGCCUACCGAGCUUUGAAGGUCUCUUGGAUAAUUUAACUUCUUCUGAUUGUCCCCUAAAUAUGAGUGAAGAUGAGGUUGUUGAUUGCGUGCCAGUGGUAACCCCACCCAUUGAGGAGUUACCUCCCAUGGAGCAGUAUACAAGCACACCACCGGAGACUGUUUUGACAUCUUUUUUAUCUGUGUGUCCAUCUUCAGAGCCGGAGAAAUGUAAUGCCGAAAAUGAUUUUCAAAAUGACAUGAAACUUCAGAAAUUAGAUGAUCAAAUUUUGCAGCUUCUUAAUGAUACUUCUAAUUGUAUAGCAGAUACUGUUCCUGAGCAAGACCUGUGCCCGAAAAGAGAUACGGAUAUAACUUCUGAAAGUGAAUGUGGAAACAGGAAAGAAUGCUGUAGAAGGGUUCCUCGACGAUCAAAAAUCCCAUAUUGUUGCAAAACAAUUCAGACUAUUAGGCACCACAGUAAAAACAGUUGCCAUUUUAUGAGCUGUAAUCGUAAAAUGAAACAACCGUACUUUAAGGAAUUAUACGUCAGAUCAUCUUUAGCAAACUGUAAUGUAUCACGAGACUCAGAGGACCAGAAGACUGAUAUCAUUAAAGUAGACAACAGUGGUUCUGAAGACAACACUUACCGGGUAUGACGUAAGAGAUUGAGAAAAACGAUGAGUUUGUAUGUCUUGGUUUUAAAUCGAA